AUCAGGUACAGAUCCGAUUCCUAUCUCCCUGGGCACAAUGAAGGCCCACCUCUGGAUUCACGAUAAAAAUCUGGUGACUGCCAACUCAAAUGGCAUUUUCCGUCACUCUACUCCUGCCGUUGGUUAAUUCUCCGAACCCUAAAUCAACAAUUUUCCGCCAAAAUGCAUCUAUCAUCGCUGCUCCUAGCAUCCACCGCCAUCCUACCAGCCUUAGGCUACAGCAUCAACGACUUCUCCUGCAAUAGCACCGAACACCCGAAUCCCGUUGUGCUCCUACACGGGCUGGGCGCCACCUACUACGAAGACUUGAAUUACCUGCAAGGUUGGCUACAAGCGCAAGGCUACUGCACCUACGCCAAAACCUACGGUGCAUAUGAAGGGUUCCCCUUGGUCGGCGGCCUCAAGGCCAUCGCCGAAUCGGCCACGGAAAUCGCCGCGUACAUCCGCGAGGUGAAAGAAAAGACGGGCGCCGACAAGAUCGACAUUGUCGGUCACUCCGAAGGCGCUUUCCAAACCCUCUACGUCCCUAAGUUCGAGGAUGGCAUUUCGGAGAUGCUGGAUAAGCUGGUGGCCAUUGCACCUCCCACGAGAGGCACCAACCUGGCCGGGAUCUAUGACAUUGCAUAUGUUUUGGGAAACUUAUCGCGCGAUCUGAUCGGCGACAUCCUGGAUACAGUGGGCUGCGCCGCCUGUGACGAUCUCGGCCCGGACGGAGCUGCGAUUGAUCGCUUGAACGACGGCGAGCCGAUCGUGCAGCCGGGGAAUAACCUCACGGUCAUUGCAUCGCGGCUAGACGAAUUGGUCACCCCAACCUCCACUUCCUUUGUUCAUGAAGAUGGAGUGACCAAUGAAUGGGUGCAAGACACUUGUCCUCUGGAUCCUGUCGGCCAUAUCGGCGAGGCCUACGAUUUGAAUGUGUGGAAUUUGGUCAAGAACGCCUUGGACUCUACUCCGAAGCGCGAGUUUGUCUGCUCGCUGGGGUCUCCCGGCAGGUGA